AUGAUGAAGACUGAAUUCAUUUUUCUGCAUUUUCUAGUUCCUGUUGUAUUUGUAUUUGGCUUUAUAACGACGUGUGCUGGUGAAAAUGUGAAAAAAAGUGUGGAUGAAAAUAGAGACGACAACGGCGAAACAAACGAUGAGUCCAAAGAUGAAUCCUUGGACAUCCCCGUUGAAAAUGAACCCAACAACAUUACCUGUACGAGAAGACAAAAUAGUCAAAUGCAUGAAAUACAGAAUGCUGCUCACCGACAAUUUCCAUUCAUGGCCGCUAUAAUGUCUCAACAAAAUGAAUAUUUGUGUUCUGGUGUAGUUGUCUCUAAUGGAUUGAUAUUAACAACAGCCCACUGUACUCAACAACCUUUAAGUUACAUUCUUUUGAACACUACCACGGAUAAGAAAGACGAAACAACUGUUUCACUUCAUGUUAUAAAAACUGAAAGAUUCCCUACUUUUACUGGAACAGAGUCUUUAAAAGACGUUGGUAUUGUUUAUACGGAGAAACACAACAGUAGCAUUGCUACAAAGGUAACUCUCAGCAAUUACACAAACCCUCGUAACGUUCUCGAUUUAGAAGGAUUAGGGUUUGGAUUGAAUGCUGAUGUUGGGCAAACAAAAGACCUUCAGUACGUCGGGAUGGAAAAUCGGUCUCCGGAGGAAAUUACUGAUGUUUUAAGAGCAUAUUUUGAUUGCGUUGAAACGAAGGUACCAACUUGUUUCAAAGACACUGGAGGCCCUGUUUUAUUUGAUAAAGAGCUCAUGGGCAUUAUCAUAAAAGGAACAGAAGAAUGUUCCAAAGAGAUGUCUGCCACGUACGCUGUAAACAAAAAGAUGGUAGAUAUUCUACCAACAUAUACGUUCAAGGCAUGGCUGGAUGAAAAAAUAAAAAAGAAUGAAGAGCAAGAGCAACCAGCACUGGCAGCUUAUCCUUCCCACCCAGCCGCAAGAUCAGAUCGGGAACUUCAUAAAAUGACUAGCUCAGGAUUACGACUGAUGGCAACUCCAACAUAUAUUUUCACAGGAUGUGUAUGUAUCUUGGCAUUGUAUUGACAUCUUUGUCAUUUAUUUAGUCAUGUAAAUUGUUUGUGAAAUUCUAAUAAAAAAAUUCAAGUUCA